AGUUUUAGACACCCUUACCUCUCUCUUGUCUCCACGAGUUCUCUAUCUCUCUUCGGCCUCUUUCUCCAUGCGACCCACUCUCUCGCCGUCGUUCUUCGUGGUCACUGGUCGCUGGUCGUCGCCACCUGCCUCUCGCCUACGGUCACUGUUUUCUUUGGGGAAGUAGAGACUUGUUUAAGGGGAGUAGAUUUGAGGGUUUUUCUGAGAGGGUUUUUUUAUCUAUGUGUGAUAAUGUGUAUGUGUAUGUGUAUUGAUUGAUGAAGGGGAUAUCAUGCUCAAGCUUUCAUUUGAAUCUGUUAAUUGCUCAAGCCUUAAAAUUUUGAUUUCUCUUUUCUGUUAACCCCAUAUCUCUCACGUUUUCAAUUGAGAUACGAAAAGGAAGAAGUUUUAAUUUUUUUACUCUCCUGAAUUGAAUUGUGGUGUUGAUACAAGAAAAAUAGGCCCAAAAAGUUUUCUUUCUCCUUCCUAUAUUUCUCAGAAAAGAAAAGAAAGAGAGAAAGUUUUAUUUAAAAAGCCGUAUAUUAUUCUAAUUCGUAAGCCUAAAACUAUUUGUAUGAAAAAAAUAUAUGAGCGUGAGAGAACGGUGAUGGUGUUUCCAGAACAAGAAUGAAGCCUUUAUCACUUUCUUCUUUUACUCCAAUUUCUAUCAACUAAAGAAAUUUUUAAUGAAAAAGGUGUGUGUGAAAGAUGGAUUCUAUUAUGGCUGGAAUAAUGGUUUCAAAGGAUAAAGACCAAUUUUUGUAAAUUUUGCUAUUACUACUAUAACUUCUUCUAACAAAAUUGAAAUUUAAAUAUAUGUAACUGUGUGUGAGAAGGCUUAGGUGAGGAAAGGGAAAUUAGGAACAAGAGAUUUUAUUUUGAAUUGACUCUCAGGAUAAUUACUAGAAAUAAAAUCGAAAUAGGAAAGUGAGACUUAUUUUAAUAGUUUUUAAUUAUUUUUUUAUGUUGUAUAAUUUCACAAUGAAACAUGAUAAAAAAAAAUUCAAAAAAACUGAAACUCAGUCCUCAAAAUUAAAACUGAAUUUAGUUUUUAAUAAAUUUAAAAUUAAAAACAAAAAAAUCACCCGAACGGACUCUAAAAAUUUCGACAACCAACGAAGAUAAACAACCAUAGUGGUUUUCUCUUUUUUUUUUUUUUUUCCUACGUUGUGACCAGGUUGUUCACUUUAGCUGCGAAAGUGUUUGUUUGGCUCAGUUUGUUGAAUUCGCUGGCAGCUACAGCUAUGAUCAUCAACAGCACCCCUUUUCCUCUAUGAUCGAUUCGAUUCCGUAGAGUGAGAAAUCAGAUCAGAAUAAUCAUCGAUGGGUAAUUUGUUCGUGAAGAAGCCCAAGGUAACAGACGUCGAUAAAGCAAUUCUCGCUCUCAAGACCCAGAGACGCAAACUCGCCCAAUAUCAACAGAAGCUAGAUGCUGUUAUUGAAGCAGAAAAGCAAGCUGCACGAGACUUGAUUCGUGAAAAGAAGAAGGACAGGGCCUUGUUAGCACUAAAGAAAAAAAAGACACAAGAAGAAUUGUUGAAGCAAGUUGAUGCUUGGCUUAUAAAUGUUGAGCAACAAUUAGCAGAUAUUGAACUGGCUAGCAAGCAGAAGGCUGUGUUUGAAAGUUUGAAAGCUGGUAAUGAUGCAAUGAAAGCCAUACAAAGUGAGAUAAACAUUGAAGAUGUUCAGAAACUUAUGGAUGACACUGCUGAAGCUAAAGCUUAUCAAGAUGAAAUUAAUGAAAUAAUGGGGGAGAAGUUAUCAGCAGAAGACGAGGAGGAGAUUUUAGCGGAAUUUGAGGACUUGGAAAUCCAGCUUACAGUCCAAGAUCUUCCCGAAGUUCCUCCCUCAGUUCAUGAAGAAAUUGAAGAAAAGUUGGACCUUCCUGAUGUCCCAACCAAAGCACCAGUUACCAGUGAUGCUGAAGUAUCUACAAAAGGAAAAGUUAUGGAGGAACCGUUGGCAGCUUGAAGAACAUUGCGACUAGAAACAUGUCAAUUGCUUUGCAAACCAAGGCAUACAAUCUGACUGUUUUUGCCUGUAUUCUUACAAAUUCUGUUGCAAAAUUGGUGCAGUUACUGGAGUUUGAUUGGUUUUACUAUUUGCAGAGACAUUGAAUUUGUACAGAUUUGCAUGUAUAAUAAUACAUCAGUUUUAACAAGAAUUUGUACUGAGAAAA